UCAGGUAAGUGGAGCAGUCAUGUGCUUGCUUACUACCUGCUUUGUCGCGUUAACACAUUAGUUAAGUAGCACACACAUUCAUGUUGAGUUUUGUUUUUUUGGUUGCAAACUCUUUGUCUUAUUAACCUAAUGUAUGUUACCCUCUCAUUUUCCGGUUUCUAACCUUGGCUCUCAUCUCACUCAUGUUGUGGCUGGUUAAUCUGCCGGACCAGCUGAAGAAUGCGAACCAGUUGAAGGAGUUGGACUUUGUCCACAAUUCCGAGCUGGGUUUUCGAAUCCAGGAUCUGGGUUGUUGUUGGUUGAUGGUUUCUGUAACUGGGCUUUGAUUUUUUCCCCCUUUUUGUUUAUUCACCACCCAGAACCGACCUAAUAAUCGUCUCCUCUGUUUUUUUUCUCCUUCCCUUUUCCAGGCUCUUGAUUUUCUGGGAAAACGAAAUUUCAGCUGCUGUGGGGUAAUUGAAAUCGCGAGAACUCUAAAGAACUGGCGGAUGAGUCGAGGAAUUUCUGGGCAACUAAUCACGGGAUGUUAGUAGAUUCCGUCAUUUCCUUCUUCUGUCGCGAAUCUUCCGCGCUUCAACCCGCUUCAUUUCUCUAGCAUUUCAAGCAUUCCGACAAGUGUCUUCAGAUUCCACAAAUUUUUUGGAGCCUUGCGCUGAGUUAAAUGAACUUUGGGAACUCCAAUUCUGAUUCAACGCCACAGCCGAGAAUCCCGAUCGAUCUACAGAACCAUUGCGUGACCGGCAUUAUGGAGAUGAUGACAUCGAGAAACAGAGUCUCUCCUCCGCCUUCGUAUUCCUCUUCGUCCGGUUCAAUUCCGGCUCCGCACCAUCUCAGGCCGGAGGUGGAGAAGAAGAGGUUCGUGUAUGAUCAGAGAUCACAGAUUGGGAACAGUAGUAGUAAUCCGUCAAGAAGCAGGAUGUUGCCCUCUGGCUAUUUCAGCUUGGAGUCUCUGUUUUUGUUAAUUGGGCUUACUGCGUCUCUGCACAUACUGCCUCUCAUCCUUCCGCCGUUGCCGCCGCCGCCGUUUCUGCUGCUUCUGAUCCCGAUAGGGAUAAUGGUUCUGCUCAUGUUCUUGGCUUUUACUCCUAGUGCUAGGGAUAUGACUUAUACAUCUCUGUAAAUUUUCCUCUCUUGUUCGUUGAACAAAAAAAGAUAAAAAAGAGCUUGGGAUUAGUAGGUUCAGAAGAAAAUGAUCAAACUUUCCCCCCUGUUCUGUUUAGAGUUUAGACUAAUUAAGGUUAAGAUUCAAAAGAAAAUUACUAUACUUACGAAAAAGAGAGAUUGAAAGAUGGUAGAUUUGGAAAUUGAGAUUUUGUUAAUGAAUCACAAUUUCACCAAUAACAACCACAUUUUAUUUUUCAAUUGUUUAUUUUCGGGGAAGAGCUUGUUGCAAAUUUUCAAUAUAGAGUUCAAAAAAAAAAAUGCGAUUUAACGAAAUAAUAACAAAAAAAGUAUGAAUAAUAGAUAUUGCGUUCCAUCUUUACAAAAUGUAACACGGCAAUACAUUUUUUUUGGUAGAAAGCACGACAAAGUAGACGAGCUCGUUAGAGAUUUCCACAGCAUUUCGCCGAUGAUUCUUGUUGAUAAAUCAUAUACACAAACAGAGACGCGAACACAGUAAACAAAGUAGAUUCUCUUACCAACAGAGACGCCGGUGAUUCUUACGACUGCUCUGAACCAAAAAGCUGUAGCUUCCAUCAUACAUACUUCGCAAAUCCUCGUACAUUGGGAUCGCAGUAGGUAGGCAAUUACAGGCCAUAGGAGGGAACACCAUAACGCGAGGUGCAUCUUUUCCAACUUUAGCGCGAACUCCUCUAGCUCUCCGGUCCUCGAAUCGAAACGACAAUAUGGUACGCAGACGGGAACCAUCAGCAGAAGAAUGGAAGAAGAUUAUCUCCGGGUCACGUGGAUGCAGGAAAGGUACAAUGCAGUGUCGAGGUUCAAAUGCACCGCCGCUCCUUGAUGUCUUAAACUUGAUGUUCUUGAUGUUUCAGAUUGUAUUUGGUGUUUCACUUGCAUAUCUCCUAAUUUUCGAAUGUGGCUUUGUAGGUGAUCAAAUGACAUUUUCACAUGAUUCAAACGAAUCAUUUGAGCUAAAGGUUGGGGAUGUCUCUGACAUCUAGGUGGGAUGAGAAACAUAACUCACUUUGAGCUUUCCUGAUACAGAUGAGAUAGACGCACUUGCAGAAAUCAAGUUUCAUAUUCCUGACAAGCCUUCCAUUCAUAUGAGUUUGUUGACACAAUUUUUUAUAAUGCUAAAUAAAUUAUUAAAGAUUAAUAAUAAUAAAGAUUUAAAAAUAAUGGAGUAUCAAAAACAUUUUUUUAUUAUGAUAGAGUAUCAACUCAUCAAAAGAAUAACACACAACAAGAAAUUGAUAUACGUAAUUGGAGAUGAAUAGAGAGAAAAACAAUAGCAACUACAUGAUUCAAAGAGAACCAUUAUUUUGGAUACCAAAUUAUUCAAACUUGAAUUCUUAAUUCCAAUACCAGGGUAAAUAUUGACAAAAAUACAUAACAUGUCAAUUGAUUAAACCCCCUGGUUACCUGUAAUUAUUAUUAUUCAAUCAAGAGCGGUAUAUAAUACUCAAAUAAUUCAAAAACCAAAGGAAAAAAAAGAGUUUGAUGUUUUGAGAAACCUAACUUAUAUGAACUAAAGUUUUAUCACCUCGGUUGCUUUGAAAAAAAUGUUAUACAAAUACCACAUUUAUAGAACUACACAAAAUUGAAUUUCUUCUUACUUCAUGUAUUUAAGAAGGAAUUGGGAAUCCUUCUUAUGAAUCAUGAAGCUAAGUUUUGGUCCAUUCUUCAUCUUGAUAAAGAGCUUAUACUGUUUGCUACUAGUAAUGUCCUUCGAAUCCGUUCAAACGCGUGUUGUUAGUGGCCAAUUGACGAUCGUGUGUCUCGUAUUUCAUCAUCAAGUCCUUCAGCGAGGAAUCAAAUUAUUCUCCGGCA